GCCUGCGCAGAUGGUGCGGAGCAGCCCCUUGACCCCGUGAUGCGCCUGCGCCGCACGAGCGGUCCUGGGCUAGCGAUGGAAAGUCCUGCGGGGUCGGCCCGGACUCUGCUGCUCCCCGACGCGGCCGGGCCCCGGAGGAAGCGCGCGGCGGGGGAGGCCGGGGCUGGGACGAGCAAGCAGCGGGUCCUGGACGAGGAAGAAUAUAUCGAGGGCCUCCAGACAGUCAUACAGAGGGAUUUCUUUCCUGAUGUGGAGAAGCUGCAGGCACAGAAGGAGUACCUGGAGGCCGAGGAGAAUGGAGACUUAGAACGGAUGCGCCAGAUCGCCAUCAAAUUUGGCUCCGCUCUGGGCAAGAUGUCCCGAGAGCCCCCUCCACCCUAUGUGACUCCAGCCACGUUUGAAACCCCUGAGGUGCACACAGGCACUGGAGUGGUGGGCCACAAAGCCAGGCCCCAGGGCCGAGGCCUGGAGGAUGCAGCAGAGGCUGGAGAGGAGGAGGAGAAGGAGCCACUGCCCAGCCUGGAUGUCUUCCUGAGCCGCUACACUAGUGAGGACAAUGCCUCCUUCCAGGAGAUCAUGGAGGUGGCCAAGGAAAAGAACCGGGCACGCCAUGCCUGGCUCUACCAGGCUGAAGAGGAGUUUGAGAAGAGGCAGAAAGAUAACCUCGAACUCCCAUCAGCAGAGCACCAAGCCAUUGAGAGUAGCCAGGCCGGCGUGGAGACCUGGAAGUACAAGGCCAAGAACUCCCUCAUGUACUAUCCAGAGGGUGUCUCUGAUGAAGAGCAGCUGUUUAAGAAGCCCCGGCAGGUGAUGCAUAAGAACACACGCUUCCUCCGGGACCCCUACAGUCAGGCCCUGAGCAGGUGCCAGCUCCAGCAGGCGGCAGCCCUCAAUGCCCAGCACAAACAGGGCAAGGUGGGCCCCGACGGCAAGGAGCUGAUCCCCCAGGAGUCCCCCCGAGUGGGUGGAUUUGGAUUUGUUGCCACUCCUUCUCCUGCCCCUGGUAUGAACGAGUCUCCGCUGAUGACCUGGGGGGAGGUGGAGAACACACCUCUGAGAGUCGAAGGUUCAGAAACCCCCUAUGUGGACAGGACACCAGGCCCAGCAUUCAAGAUCUUGGAGCCAGGCCGCAGGGAGCGUCUGGGGCUGAAGAUGGCCAAUGAGGCCGCUGCCAAGAACCGGGCCAAGAAGCAAGAGGCCUUGCGGAGAGUGACAGAGAACCUGGCCAGCCUCACCCCCAGAGGACUGAGCCCAGCUAUGUCCCCGGCCCUUCAGCGCCUCGUGAGCAGGACAGCCAGCAAGUACACGGACCGGGCCCUGCGGGCCAGUUACACGCCAUCCCCAGCACGCUCGACCCACCUCAAGACCCCAGCCGGUGGGCUGCAGACCCCCACAAGCACACCAGCUCCAGGAUCUGCUGCACACACCCCCCUCACACAGGACCCGGCCUCCAUCACAGACAACCUGCUGCAGCUCCCGGCUCGGCGCAAAGCCUCGGACUUCUUUUAGAGCUGGCCCGGGCUGGGCUUGUGGACACUCUGUGGACCCUGCAGGGCAGCUGUGCACCCAGCAGAGGACUCCAGCCUUCUGGGAACCCAGGCCCGGGCCAACAGCGGUUGACCAUCCCAGAAGUCAUAGAAGAAAGGUGCCGUGCUGCAGCCAGGCCGGCACAGGGCACAGACACCCAUGUCAUAUCACAGGGACUUGCUGAGGCUGUUUUCUAUUUAAACAUCCCCCUCCCUACACUCAUUAAAGAACACUUGGCACAAUCUA